UGUUUCAUGUUUCUUGCUGCUCCGCUGCGUCGCGCAUUUGGCACCAUGUCCUCGCCAGCAGUUGCAUCGCCUUUUACCCGGGCCGUGGUCAAUUCCAUGAGAAAAUUAUAUCCCGAGGCUUUGGCUGAUCGAAGCUGGGACAACACUGGAUUAUUACUCGAGGCUCCAUUCGACCCUGCGAGGAAACAAGCCAAUUCGGUUCUGCUGACGGUCGACCUCACACGCGCCGUCGCCGACGAGGCAAUUGAAAGAAAGGACUCUAUUAUUAUUGCAUAUCAUCCGAUUAUUUUCAGAGGAUUGAAAUCUUUGACUUUUGCAGACUCUCAGCAACAAACGCUUCUGCGACUGGCUCAAGCAGGCAUCAGUGUCUACAGCCCGCAUACUGCUGUAGACGCAGCACCAGGCGGCGUAAACGACUGGCUCGCCGACAUUGUCACAGGACAAUUGAUUGGCGAAGAAGAAACCCCAGACGAGGACGAGAUCGCAGAGAGUGUCUCUGAAUCUGAUGUGCCAGAUCAGAAUGAAAAGACUGCAGACCAAGUGUCUACGCCGCGAACACCCGAGGAGCAAGCCGACACGGAUGAGGGACAGCUCUCCGUGCAGCCAAUCCCCAAGUAUUCUGACCCGACAUAUCCUGAACCGCCACAAGAGAAGGCAAUUUUGGAGCCUGCAACAUCUGAUCACGAAAGGGCUGUGAUUCAACGUGUAGAUGGUGUCGAUGGCUUCGAAGAGGCUGGCAUGGGUCGAAUCAUUCGGUUUUCCAAGCCUCACGCCCUAAACACUCUUAUCGAGCGAGUCGCUCGCGGCUUGGGCAAUCCCAAGGCCUUCCCCAUUGCCAUUCCACAAGGCAAGACGAUUGACGAAAUUGAGAUUUCUUCUGUCGGUAUCUGCGCCGGAUCAGGCGGCUCCCUCUUCCGCAAUCUCGACGUCGAUCUCUUCUUCACCGGCGAGCUAUCUCACCAUGAAGCCCUCGCCGCAAUCGAGCGCGGCCAAUGCAUCAUCACGCUCUUCCACUCCAACACGGAACGCGGCUUCCUACACUCCGUCCUGCGCGACCAGCUAUCCACCACACUCAAGGACGAAUGGCAACGCAUCCGCUCCGGCGAACUCGAAAAACUCCGCAUCGACUUUCCUCCCCCGUCAUCCGCACGUCCGCAGUCGUCAUCCACACGUCCUCAAAUCUCGCGCAAAGCAACGUCUUCGUCAAACUUCCACGACCCAUUCGUCACUUCCUCUGCGUCUGGACCACCUGCAUCCGGCAAAUCCCAAGGCGCUACUGACGGAAGCGCUGUAUCCGCUGCCGCCCUACGCAGCAUUUUAGAAGACGAGUCUGUCGAGGUGCAUGUGUCCGAGCGGGAUCGGGAUCCGUACGGUAUUGUCAUUUUGAAGAGCGAAGUUGAUGUUGAUGUUGGCGUUGAUGCUGGUAGUGAUACUGAGCUUGAAGGGGAUAUUUAAUGCUUGAUGCUUGUUGGAGAGCGUUUUAUAUAAACCGCAAAGAGGGUCACAUUUUUAUCUAAUCCAGUUGAGAACAAAAUCUGAUAGAAUGACAACAAGUAAAAAGAAAA